AUGACGACAAUCGGUACGUACAACGAGGAGGGUGUUAACGUGGACCUGUACAUCCCACGCAAGUGCCACGCGACAAACAACCUUAUCACGUCAUACGACCACUCCGCCGUGCAGAUUGCCAUUGCGAAUGUGGACGCCAACGGUGUGCUAAACGGCACGACGACAACCUUCUGCAUUGCUGGCUAUCUUCGUCGCCAGGCUGAGUCUGACCACGCAAUCAACCACCUGGCGAUUUCGAAGGGCAUUAUCCGCAUCAAGACCGGCAAGAAGCCUCGCGCGAAGAAGCUUAAGAAUGUGAAGGGCCUUGGCGUACGCGGCUUACCAAGGGGUGCUCUGCAACAGAGGGGAGCUCGUGUCCUCCCAACCCAGAGGGGUGUCGCGCAGCGUGGCGGCGCUCAGAAGGGCAACGUCCGCAAGCUGCAGCCACAGCCGCAGAAGCAAAGGUCACAGCUGAAUCAAAGGUCACAGCAGCAGCACGGCGCCCGGCCGACCCGGAAGGAAGAGGGCGGUCGCACGCAGCGUGGUGGCAGGGAUGCGCCUCAAGCUCGCAAGCAGCAAGGCAGGAACGAGCCUCAAGCUCGCAGGCAGCAAGGCAGGAACGAGCCUCAAGCUCGCAAGCAGCAAGGCAGGGAUGCGCCUCAAGCUCGCAAGCAGCAAGGCAGGGAUGCGCCUCAAGCUCGCAAGCAGCAAGGCAGGGAUGCGCCUCAAGCUCGUAAGCAGCAAGGCAGGAAUGCACCUCGUUCCCAGAAGGCAUAG